AUGGAUUCAAAAUCGGAUGUUCGACAGCAACCAACUAAUCCUAAUUCUGCGCCACCACCGCCACCAUUGCAAGCAGCAGCAUCAGCUGUACCUGGAUCGGCUGCUAGUACAAGCUCAUCAACAAAUAAGGAUCCACAACCAAACAUUGCUUUAGCCAAUUUCAAUUUUGGCGCUUUUCAGUUAUCAGCAACCAAUGCAAACGUUAACAGUACAACAAAUAUGGUUCCCAUUUCCCAAAGGAACAUUUUUUAUGAUACGAGCAAUAAUUCGAUACAAAUGCAUAAACAGCAAAUCGCUCAUCAAACCGGGAUGAAUUUGAAUGCAAACGUAUUUCAUACUGCAACACCGAGUCAUUCAUCGACGACCACAACAACUGUCAAAGAGGAGGUAAAGCCGGCGACGUUAAACUCAUCAUGCUUCAGCUGCUCAUCCUUGAGACUGCCGACAUGUCAUACGACAGCAUUCGGGCAGCCUGAUCCGUAUCAAAUCUUAGGGCCAACAAGCAGUCGACUGGCAAGCGCAGAUAGUCGUUAUGCGGAAUCGAUCACUUGGGAGGGUACAAAUGGUGAAUUCAAGUUAGUUGAUCCAGACGAUGUGGCUCGUCGUUGGGGCGAACGAAAAAGUAAACCGAAUAUGAAUUAUGACAAAAUGAGCCGAGCGCUAAGAUACUAUUAUGACAAAAAUAUUAUGUGUAAAGUGCAUGGGAAACGAUAUGCCUACAAAUUCGAUUUUCAAGGAAUAGCACAAGCUCUGCAACCACAAACAAAUACUGCUUCAUCAGAUCUAUUUCAACAAUCACGGUUACAUUCUUCAGAGUUCAUCCAUGCACCAUGGGCUACUGCAAAUUAUCGCACACUUAUGACACCUCAAUUUCAGGCAUCUGCAGCAGCUGGAGCUUUGUUCAAUCCACCAGUUGGCUAUGCUAGUUUUGGUAGUUCUGGUAAUGGUGCUCUGCAAGCUCGCAAUUUUCCACUCUAUGCGUCAUCCAAUUACCCGAAAUGUAUAUAG